AUGGCUGUGAGAGAUGAGAAAGAACAUGUGCGACCUGCCUUGGCCUUAACCAGCGAGAAUGUAAACACGUGUCCAAUCGAUAGAAAGACCUUCAAUAUCAUCCUUGCCCGUUCUGGUUCAGGCGAAGGUAUCACCCGGAAAGUAAUAGUAGGUCGUCCUUCAGCUCCAAAACAGGAAGAACCUGAAGAAGAUGUCACUCUUUGUGAGGUGUGUGGAACCGAUGACAGAGAGGAUCGUCUCCUCCUCUGUGAUAGCUGUGAUGCAGGGUAUCAUCUGGACUGCUUAAACCCACCACUGAAUGCAGUGCCAUUGGAGGAGUGGUUUUGUCCCGAUUGCAUUGAAAUCAAUGCAUCCCAUUUGGCUACCACACUUGAUCCAGAUGAGAUCAAUCAGCUUCUGGGUGAUGCUGAGGAUCUGUUGGACCCAAACUUGCCCACACUGAGGCCUCUGCAAAGAGUGAUUCCAAGGACUCGUCAGAGUGAACGAGUUCGCAACAGGAUUGGAAGGAAUCGAGAGGUUCGUGCCCAGGUCAUUCGUGAAGCACCUGUGGGAAUUGAUCAUGGGCAGUGCUGGGCUUCUAAGGAGGAGAAGAAGCCUGACCUCAACCAGAAAAAAGAAAAGCCAAACACGUGGGAAGAAAGCAAGGAGAAGAAAAGCAACAAAAGGAAAGGGAAAAGCAAGAAGCUCCAAGAAUACCAAGAGGAAAAGAACAAGUCGAAUUUUGGACGUAUACUACCACGUGCCAAGGCACUCAGUUCUGCUGCAUGGGGUCCUGGCUCAGUGACUUCUGAUACCACUUUCAGUUCUACGAGAAUAUUAACCCACAGGUCGGCUGCUCCACAUCUCAGCAUCUUUGGUUCACGUAAUGAACUGGAUUGGGUCCCAGAACAAGCAGAGGAGGGGCAAAGUAUGGCACUUGGUCAUGGGGAGACUCAGAUUUUAACCUCUCAUUCUGAUGUUCGGCAUCCUCUGAAUCGGGUCCAGCGGUUCAAGACAGAACCAGCUUCUGGAGACUUGUUGGGAAGUCUUCUAGAAACACAGGAAAACUUCCUUCUUGCAACUUCAUCUGAUAUAAUGAUCCACCGUGAUGGAACAGUGAAACCCAGACCUAAGAAGUCUUUCACAAAUCAAGCUGGGUCUCAGAACCAUACUCGGAGUGCUCCUAUGUUCUCAUCUUCAGGACAAGAGCCACCUCACAGUUAUUCACAUGGUUCUCAGAGUCAGCAGAGUUCUGUACGAAUAUCCUCUCAUAUUACUCAGUCAGGGACGUCUCAUGUACCUUCAGGAGUCUUGGGUAACAUCCCUCUUCCUCCAUCAAGAGAAGAUGAUGUGGAUCUUUAUAGUGACAUGGAAAUCCAACCAUCAGAUGAUGAAUCAAAUGAGAGUGAAAAUGAGAAGCAAGAGAGCAGACUAACAAAUAGUCAAACUGAAUCAGGAGUGGGAUCAGAUGGUGAGGAUGAAUUCCACAUGAUCAUUGACCUCCCAGAGCCUCCAAAGCCCCCAAGUUUCUCAACAUCCUUGGAGGAAGACUCCUCUCAACCUCUCAGAACUCCAUCACCUGACUUGGACAUUGCUCUGCCUCCUGACCCAGAAGACAAUUUUCCAAUCUCAAAGGAUGUUGAUAACAGAGGGGAGGCUGGUGAUGUAUCUAAUCUUCAUGAGAUUCCUAUUCCAGAGGGACAGAGCAUACCUGUAAAUGCUGUUGAGAUCCCAUUACCCAUGGAAAACUCAUCUAGUGACAUUUCAUUGUCAGAAGCACCUAUGUCCACUUCUCGGAUAAAGCAGUUGGCAACUGUAGCAAUGAAACCAGUAGGAGGAGUGAAGGUGUCCCUGAAAAUGAAGCCCACACGUCUUCAGGUCCAUGAGAUCUUUCGAGUAGCCAAAAAGUCACUCUAUGAUGAGCUUUCACAAUCCAAAGAUGUUGGAAAAUCUUCAGCCUCACUGAAUAAAGAGUUAAAAUUGUCAUUGAAAGAAGGAAAUGGGAAGAAUCAGAAGGAAGAGGGUAGGAAAGGUACAUCAAAAGCUCAUGAUGAUUCAAGAAAUGAGGUGGAUAGUGAAGAGGAAGAGACAAGUGUGGAAACUGAACAAUCUAGAAAACAAAUAGAAGAGGAAGGUACUGGUAGCAGGCAAGAGAGCAACAAACAGAGUGGGUCAUUUUGUGAUGUUGCAGUGGAAAGUGUAAGUGAUGGAGACAUGGAAUUGGACAAAGAUCAGAGGGAUGGCAAUGUAGGAUUCCUUGAAGGAACUGAAAGCAUCUCUGAUGAAAUUGAGGGGAUUGAAAGCAUUUCUGAUGGAAACCUUGAAGGUAAUGAAGGACGAGGACUUGAAGAAGGGGAGAUUGAGGAAGAAGAGAAACGGGGUCACACCAAGAAAGUCAAGAGAGGAAAGAGGAAGAAACAUGAUCAUGAGGACAGAAGAAUGAGGAAAAUAUUUACAAAGAACAUUAAGGAUAAAGAGACAGACACACCUCCAUUUACAACAAAGGAUGUGGAGUCGAUUGAUGAUGUGAUUCAAGAAAAGGCCUACACCCAAGAUGAAGAGCUUAAGGAAGGGGAUUCCACAUGGAAGAAGCCAUCAAUCUCGACCAGGGGACGUGUGUACCGUGAUGGAAAGCAACAGGAUGAAGACACAUAUUUCCUAGACCAAGAUAGUUCCAAGAUUCCAGGCAAAAAGGGAGAGGAGAACAAAGAGAACAAAGUGACUCGUCACAACAAGAGGAAGGAAGACCUUGCUCGGUAUGAUGUGAGAAGACUGAUUCGUGAUAGGCCACAUUCCCAUGACCACAAGAGACGUCAAAGUCCUCAAGGUUUCAAUGAAGAACCAUAUGAAAAAGAACAUGAGUAUCCCUCAUAUUAUGAGGACUUCUCUGCUGAUUUUGAAGAGGUGUCCCCUUAUCAGUACGAACACCAUGACAAAGGAAUGGAAGACCUAGCACAAUCAUUUUAUCCACAACAAUGCCACAAUCGUAGUAAAGGACACAAAAGAUCUCCUUCACAUAGCUUGAGUUCAGAGCAUAAGCAUGGAAUUCACAAAAGCAGAUCCUCCUCCAGGUCUAAGUCUAAUUCCAAGAAGACUCCAACUCGUAGCUCUCAUAGAACAAGUGCUUCCCCUCAUCAUCGAGCUCACAGCCAACAGCGCCACAAACACAGUCAUUCACCUACAGCUGAACAGCGACAAAGAAGUUCCAAAAAGUGCAAGAGUGAAUCCUCCCCUGGGAGGAAAGCACAAAAGAAGCCAUCUGCCUCCAGUAAGAGGGGACGGAAAAGGUCAUUAUCUCCCCAAAAAAGGAAAACACACAGGAGACAAAGACAUGAUUCAUCAUCUUCUCAGGGCAAGAGUUCCAGUCGAAGUUCAAGCUCCAGCUCAUCUAGCACCAGUCUCAGUCUGUCCUUGUCUCCAUCUCCAGCCAGAAGAUCAGGUCAACGUGUCAAAGACCGAACCUUCUCUUCACGAAAGAAACGAAAUGUGACACCACCUCUCAAUGAGUUUAAUCAUACAGAGAAGAACUCAGAAGAAAAGAUUAAAAAAAGGAAGAAAAAGAAGCAAAGUGAUUCUUCAAGUAAAGAGCAGCCAGAAGGGAAGAAAAAAGCAAAAAGAAUGACUGCUCUUCAGACUUCACAAGGAAUUAUGUUGGAGACCAAAACAGCACCAUGGGACCAGCUAGUCAUUGAUGUUCAGAACAAGAAAGAUGGACAUGAAGAGAAGCAGACAAAAAGAAAGGUGACUGAGAGGAAGGUCUCUAUUCGGCCUUCACAUGUGAUUGCAUUCAGAACUGAGACAGAGUUCAGAACAGCUCCAUGGGAACAGAUAGUCAUUGAUUCUCAAAAGAAGAAAGAUGCACAAUCAGAAGGCAAGAAGAGGAAAAGAAAGAAGAAAGAUGAUUCAGACUAUGAAGAUGAAAAGAAUAGGAAGAGUAGCCAGAGAGGACCAGUAGGCCCUAUAGAAGUAAUUGAUGUAUCUGAUGGAGAGACUGCUGAUGAUGAGAUUGAGGUUUUGAGCGAUAUUCGACGCUACAAGUUAGAAUCUUCCAAGCCAAUUGUAUCAUGGAAAUCUCAGUCAGAUUUCAAGCAAGAUGCAACUAAUUCAGUUCGUUUCUCUUUGGGUGUAUCCAAACGGGGUGCUCUUCAGAAUGUGUCAAAUCCCCUUGCAUCCCCUGAUGAAGAAGAAGAAAUUCCUGAACCAGAGGAGCCUCUCCAAGAGGCCUCUUCUAAAUCCCCCUCACCUCAGGGCUCUCAAAGUAAUGAUAAGACAGAAUCAGAGACUCGGAGAGAGUCAGAACUCAGUCGUGAUGUAGCUCCUGUGAUAGAUCGCAUCUUCUCCCCAUUACCAAGUGAGGACAGGGCAAAUGAUGACACCUACAAUCCCUUUGAACCUACGAAUUCCCCAUCUCCUAAGCAAAGUUCUACAUUGAUGGACAAUCAAUUAUCUUCCCCAAAGAGGAGGAGUCCAUCACUACGACUAGAAGAUCGGACACAUGAAGAGAGGGUGGAUACUGCAGCAGUCAGUGAAGAGCCUGCAAUUGAGUUGGCCCAAGACCAAGGAACUUCAACCAGAACUGAAGAUAGGGAGCAAAUCAUUUCCCAAGAUGCUGAGUCCCAGUCAGACAGACUGGAACCAGUGAUUCAAGUCCCACUGCUCUCUCCUGCAUUACCACUAUCAAACCCACCUGCUCCACCACUCUCGUCUCCAGCAUUCUCUUUAGCCAAUCCACCUGAACCACCAGCAUUUACAUCACCACUCAUGCCACCCAGCAUAGAGCCUCAGUCAUUGUUUGCUUCUGGUCCUCCUCAGCCUCCAUCUUUCUCAUCCACUCUUACCCCAUCAGCAACCAAGGGAAACCUAAGCUCUAUUUUACAAGCUCAUGCCAUCUCCCUAAACGAAGCUAUGCAUGAAGCCCCAGACCCUUCUACAGAAGACAAUGGAGUACAGAUACCCUUGAGUACACCAAGUUCUGAAGCAAACAGUUUUCCUACAUCAGCCAAGAAGGCUAUGCCUUUCCCCCCUAUUUCUGGCAUGAAGAACAUCUUGGAGACAUUGACUCUUUUGUCACCAACAAAGAAACCCAAGUUAAGAAAGAAGAAAAAGCAGGUUGUGGAUAAGUUCAAGAAUCUGUUUGGGUCACAGUCCCCCGUGAGGAAGCAAGCACAGCCUAAGAAGGCACGUACACAUCUUGGAAAGAAGAAAGUUGAAGUUUUUGGUGAAGGAAAACCUGCAGAUUGGAAUCAGGUGUUUGUGAUGGAAGAGCUGCCAAACUCUGCUGUGGAGAUGCAAGUCAAACAAAAGUAUCUGAAGAAAGUCAAUCGGCAAGAGCGGGUAGUUGAAGAAGUGAAGGUGGUCCUGAAGCCCUUCUACACAAGACGAGAGGUGGACAAAGAAAUGUAUAAAGAAGUAUUGCGAAAAUGUGUCCCAAAGAUUUGCCACAACAAGUCCGGUGAAAUCAAUCCCAUGAAGAUACGCAUGUUAGUAGAAGGCUAUGUGGCAAAAGUGAAACACCAACGGAAGAAGGAAACAAGAGAUGCUGCAAAAGCCUUGAAACUGUGAGGAGUGCAUUGCUCCCUUACUUCCCACUGCAAAAACCUGUGGCUUCAGAAUGAGUUACUAAUGCCAAAAGUACAGACAUCAGCAGGAGGCAGUCUAAGAUGGUACAUUGAGCUCCUUAUGCUGUUAUUUAUGUUUCAAGAGUUUUUUUUCUAUUGCUUCAUUCAUGCAGGAUCUAUGUAUCAGGAGAAUAAACACCCAUGCCAG